AUGUCGAAGAAGGCCCGCAAGCUCUUCAAUCGAAGCGUCGCCCAGUUGUUGGAAUACAGCAGCCAUUUGAUCAAGUCGCCGGGAAUCCUGAGCAGGUUGAAGAAGAAGAGCGACCUCAAGCACGUCGUCGAAUUCAACGCAACAUUUUCGAGGCUUCAGCAACUAUAG